AUGUAAAUAUUAGCUUUGUAUUGUGGUUUGUGCGUACUUAUUAAUAUGGUAUUAUAAUUUUAUUUAUUUCGUGUUAGUUUGUACGAACUUUGCAAUUAUCUAUGAAUUAUUUAAUUUAAAAGCUGCUGAAGAUUGAUUAUAUUAUCUGCAGCCUGAAUAAGGUAAUUAUCGGACGUCGCGGCUUUUUAGUAUAAAAACGGAAUUCAUGGUUUUCACAAAUUACUUACGUACCUAAAUUUACCCUAAAGGGAUGGUUUCUAAUUCCUACUUGUUUGUGAAAAAUAAUAGUUGGUAAAUAUGUAUUGUACGGAUUAGCGCCAAAAAAAAUCGUACAAAUAUGAAAUAACUUUCAUUAUAUGCUAUCUUACGUCCUCUCUUCAGAACCGCCUGCGGAGAUAAAAAAUUCCAAUUACUUUAGGAGAUAUCGAAUUUUUUAAUCUUCAUUUUUUGGCGAUUUUUUUUAAAAAAAAUUUAAAAAUCCGAAAAUACCUUUAUUCUGUGCUCUUAAACUUCCUCUUUUCAUUAAACCCGGCUGAGAUAAGAAAUUCCAAAUACUUUUGGAGAUAUCGAAUUUUUUAAUUUUCAUCCUGUGAACUCGUGCGGCGAUAACGGUUGCUUGUUUACAAGUAUCAUUUUUUUUUUUUUUUGCGAUGUUCCCAAACGGAGAAACCUAAGAUGCACAUAAAGUUCUGCCAUUCCCGAUUACACCCGAACAAUUCACCUUCGGCCAACCUCGGGUUUAUUUAUUAAUAUUUCUGUGUUUAUUUUAAUGUAGCUAUACUAACGUAACCUAACUAACCAUCCAAAUGGUUUUAAAGUGUUUUAAUGUAGCUAACCUAUCCGACCACUUUUAAUAUUUCAAUUCAUUUUUCCUGCGCAAAAAUAAAUAAAUCCCGAGGUUGGCCGAAGGUGAAUAUUCGGGUGUAAUCGGCAAUGGCAGAACUUUAUGUGGAUCUUAGGACUCUCACGUGAACGAAUACAUCAUGUAAAAAGAAACUUACUGGUGCCAAUGCCAUCGCACGGCGAGAUCUCGUGCAAAGCACCACCGCUCACGCCUACGUACCAACACUGCGAAUGGGACUCUGACAGCGACCGCCGGUCAGCCUCCAGCGAUGGGAGCAUCAGUAGGAAGUCCUCGCGCUCCUCGAGGUCUUCACGGUCGUCCAUGUCCCGCAGUGACGACAGCUCGUUGAGAAGUGACGAUGAGAACCGCAGCUGCAGAGCUGGGAGUGAAGCUCGUUCACCAACUGGUGGCUGCGAAAAUUUUGAACCUAGCGAAGGGAGAGACGUCGAAAUUGAGUGCAGCCACACUGUUGGGCAAGAUGAUCAAGGCAGAGGAGGAAACCACUCAACAAGCCCACACAGUGAGAAGAGGCUGUCAAUAAGUCCACGCGACAGGAGAAGCAGCUCUGACACGUCUUCUGAGAGCAGCGAUGACUCAGUCGAGUCCUACGGAAAGAAACGGCAUAGCCCAGACCGCACAGAUGGGGAAAGUGAACACAGGCUACUGCCUCAUUUACCAAAAGCGGAUAGUCUCAGCCCACGGGAAAUGGGUGGGCGGUCCAGCUGUCCAAGGGAAAAGUCAGUGGACAACUCUAGCAGCCCCAAUGAGAAGCAGAGGAAACGCUCUAGAAGUCCCAGCAAUAAACAUACCGCCAGAAGAUCUCGUAGUCCGAGCCGCAGUAAAGCGAAAAGAGCGAGGAGCCCUCUGCGUGGGAAACCAAGGCGUUCCAGGAGCCCUGUUGAUCACAGAACUCACUAUCCCAGGUCACCUGACAAGAACAGGGGUCAUCACGGUGGCUCCUACACGGAUAGAAGGAAGUCCUCCAGGAGUCCUAGAAGGAAGACCCAACGAAUAAGUCCUGCUAGAAAAAGUAAGAAACGAUCAAGUAGUAGAAACAGAAGAUCUUCUAGUCCACGUGAUACUAAAAGAAAGUCUAAUGUCUCGCAUGACAGAAAUCUGAAUAGAAAGUCACACAGCCCUCGCAAUACAAAGGGGAGCAGAGCUAAAAGUCCAUGCAACAAAGAUAAACAAUCAAGAAGUCCUGAAAGAACUGGAAAUAAAUUUGCAAAGCAGCCAGAAGGAUCAAUUAAUGAGAAGAAUGCUAGGAACUCCAGUCCGAGACAAGUGAAACAACUGCAGAGCCCCAAACAAGAUGAUUCUAACAAAUUCAAAUCGCGAAGCUCACGUGAAAGACAUCUUAGGAGAAGAUCUUGUAGCUCAAGCGAUGAGGAGGCACGAAAGAAUUUGCAGAGCUCGACUAGCAAAGACGAAAAGGAUAGGAAACCUAGUCCUGUAAGUGUCAAAAGCGAGACAGUGCGCAGGGGUGAGAGAGAUCGCAAACGUAGCCCUGGUGACAAAAAGCGGUCACGUUCACGCAGCCAUGGUAAUCGAAACUCUAAGCAAAAGCAUUCUCCACCAGUUGAGGAUUCUGCAAAGGCGUCACACAAGAGACGUCGUUCUUCAUCUCGUCACAAGUCUCGAUCGCCCCACUCGUCUUCACGCAGUAGGCAUUCACUGCACAGGAGGAGAAGCCGGCCUCGUUCACGCAGCCGCGGGAGAGAUGACAGCAUGCCACGACACAGGCGACUAUUCGAAAAAAAGCCCAGCAAGUUAUCCAUCCUGGAAAAGCUGGGCAUAGAGCUGCGCCCCGCGGCGGUGGGGCCCACCGUCACGCCCCAGCAGCUGCUGCAGCAGACGUUCGAGCAGCAGAAGCAGCAGGUCGAGUCCAGCACGGGCAUCGAGCUGCCCAGCUACUACAACCCCGCCGCGGUCAACCCUGCCCGCUACGUGGAGCAGAUACAGAAGCGCCGGCUCUUGUGGGGGAACAAGGUCGGUGGUGCGGACAAGAAGCCGGAGGCAGGCGAGGCGGCGGCGGCGGCCGCUGCAGAGAGCGCCCCAUCCCUGUCCAACAACCAGUGGGAGGCCACGACAUUCGCCCGGGACCAGGACGGCAAAAUGACCGCCAAGUUCAAGCGCCUGAUGGGCAUUAAGGAGACUGCUGCCACUACCGCUGCAGCGACGAGUGUGGACAGCAACACCUUGCUGCAGAAGCAAGAAGAGCUCUUCACGUCAAUGGAAAUGCAAUACGAAGUUGCACGCUUGGCGACUCAUUCUCAGCGCGGCGUUGGCCUGGGCUACGGAAUAUUCCAGUACCCGCGAUAGCGCACGGACCGCGGCGUCCGCUACCCUCGUUCCUGAGUAGCUGUUGUGGACUUCUUCUCCGGCUUUGUGUUGUUCCUGUUCAGUUACACAGUGGCUUACACAAUUCAAAACGUGCCUGUAAGCACAAACUCUCGUGUUGUAUCUGUGGCCUUCACCCGUGUUUGGUGCAUGUGGAAAGCUAUUUGCAGGCACUGGUUUCGAGAUUAGAGUAGGGUGCUAGGAAGUAUUAAGUGGAUUAACUUGAGCUGACAUUAUUUAAGUGUGUACAUUAUAAAAGUCAAGGCAGCGGGGUAGUACUUCCAAUCUCUUUACUAAAAACCUUGUUCUAUGUGCGGAAGCCCAUAUGAGCUGUAUAGAAGAUAAAAUAAAAUCUGUGAAAUCAUAUGUACGUACUUGUGAAUUAAAUUAUUUGUUAGCAGUUAUAGAAAACUGGCGUGUCACAUUUUUUUAAGUGGAGAUUAAAAAAUUGUAUAAGAUUGAAGAGGGUGUAAAAAAGAGCACUAACUAGUUGUAAAAUAAAAAAUGUAAAAAAAAAUACUGCAGGUAAUAAAUGAACCUAGAGAGUUGUUAAUCAUGGGGUGUUAAGUAGUGUUCUGUUGGACGUGCUUGAUGUACGCAUUACCAGCCAAAGAAUCCGGAAACUAAGGAAAAGUGCAUUGUGAUACUGUCAAUUUCUACCAGACCAAGGAAAAUUUGUCACCUACGUGAGAUAAAAAGUUAUUGAAAACUCUUAACAGGGUUCAAUGGCGAUUUAUGUGAUUGUUGUGAAACAUGGUGAAGACGUGCAAAAUGGAAAUAUCUGCUACCCAAAAUAAAAACUUAUGCAAAAUGUGGAAUUGUCAUCUCUUUGUUGAUAGAAUUGUGUAAGUGAUUAUAUUAUGUGUAAAAAAAAAAAAAUGGCAAGACAAUUGAAAGUAAAUACACGUAAUGAAUGACUUUAAAAACUGCUGGUUAUCUGUUCAGCAUUAUCUAUUUACACAUGCAGAAUUCUUUCAUAUGUUAUCCAGGGGCUAUAAAGAAUUUUAUGGGUCGAAAUUUUUGCAAGGGUAAGGUUGUAAGUUGUGUCAUUUGUGCUAUGUCUGAUAACUGAAGAUCAAGUUGUACCUAAUUGCUAGCCAAAUCACAGUAAAUUACUUAUGAAGUUUACAGUUCGUUUUGCCUCUUACCGCCUUGAAAUAUUAUCUACUAUCUAUUCUUAAAAAUAUUUUAAAAAGUUAUUUAUUCAUCAACUUGUAUAUUAAUUUCAGGUGAUGUUGAGAACAUACGGAUACAUACAGUAAGUCCUCUAUUUACGUCGUACCGAUUUACGUAGUUUCGGAUUAACGUCGCUAAUGUUUGAGUACUCACGUUUCAAUUUAAGUUGUCGCAGAUUCACAAUAACGUAGUUUACAAUGACCGUAAAUCUUUAUUUUAACCAAAACACCGUAUAUAAUUCGUUUAUAAUUCUUUGUUUCCUUCGGUAGUUAAUUUAUGCUAUGUAGCAUAAGCUACACGUUCACCGCCUUAUCUUAUCAUACAUCAUGAGGGACGCUUCCUGCUCUCCGCGCGGUGAUGCAAUACUACCAGCCCGCCUGCUCGGCCACCCACGUAUCUCGCACGUAGAAGUGUUAUCUACUUCCCGCAACGACACAGCAUUUUCUCCUACCCCUUCCGGCCGACCUUGGGCCGUGGCCGGCCGGUGGCAUGAAACAUGGCUCAUUUUGCGUCGUUUCUAUUUACGUUGUGGUUUUCAGGAACGUAACCCCGACGUAAACCGAGGACUUACUGUAUGUGAUGAACUUCACUCAGUAACGAAACUGAAAAAAUUAUAAUUUAUGAAUUCUACCAAAACAAAACUUCAAAAUAAACUGUGUUCAGUGAUGUGGUAGAAUUGUUGAUAGUAGCACCUGUGGUAUCAGUAAUGUGCAUCAUUAAAAUUUGUGCAAUGUUUUGUUUUAUAGGAGUGCGAAUGUUGCUGAAUUGCAAAUGUAUUUUUGUCACUUCAUGUGUUUUUCUUUGAUGUCAAAAUUUUUGUUUGAAAUCAUAAUUAAAAGUUUUUCCAACAUUA